GCUGCUGUUUGACUGGAUUAACCACCGACUGGAUUUUUACUUUCAUUACUUUUCCUCCCCUCUCUCCCCCGCUCUCUCUCGCUCUUUGUCUCCAUGCGGGGUUCUCUCUCCCUCCCUUCCCUCUCGCUCACCCCGGGCCUUCGUGUAGCCGCCGCCCCAGCCCUCCUCUCCCUCGGCCGGCGGAGCCUCCAGCUGAGCCCCGCUGAGGAGGCCUGUUCUCGGGGAGAGAUGCUGUAGAGCAGCCCGGGGGAGGAGAUGCUUCUCCCGGCCUGAGGAGAGGAAGAUGUCCGGCAGGAUGCCUCUGACCACGGUGACCGAGAGGGACGCCGAGCAGCCAAAGUCUCCCGAUGGCCUCCCUGAACCGCCGGUCCCGCCCACCAAGUCAGCGAGUCGCCACAGUCUGCCGCCAUGUCGCGGCUCGGUGACGCCCUCUGCAGACGAGCAGCCUCACGUCGGAAACUACCGACUGCUGAAGACCAUCGGAAAGGGAAACUUCGCCAAGGUCAAACUGGCUCGACAUACGCUGACGGGCCGAGAGGUUGCCAUCAAGAUCAUUGAUAAGACUCAGCUGAACCCCACCAGUUUACUAGAGCUCUUCAGGGAGGUCAGUGUGAUGAAGAUCCUCAACCACCCAAACAUCGUGAAGCUCUUUGAGGUGAUCGAGAGACAGAAGACGGAAUGUCUUUUCACCUUUCUCUGUGUUUCAGGGGAAGUCUUUGACUACCUGGUCGCUCACGGACGAAUGAAGGAGAAGGAGGCCCGGGCCAAGUUUCGCCAGAUUGUGUCAGCGGUGGAGUACUGUCACCAGAAGAGGAUCGUUCAUCGAGACUUGAAGGCGGAGAACCUGCUGCUGGACGCCGACAUGAACAUUAAAAUCGCAGACUUUGGUUUCAGUAACGAGUUCACCCCGGGCAGUAAGCUGGACACGUUCUGUGGAUCUCCUCCAUACGCCGCCCCUGAACUCUUCCAGGGGAAGAAGUACGACGGGCCGGAGGUGGACGUCUGGAGUCUGGGAGUGAUUCUGUACACGCUGGUCAGCGGCUCGCUGCCUUUUGAUGGACAAAACCUGAAGGAGCUGAGGGAGCGUGUCCUCAGAGGAAAGUACCGGAUCCCGUUCUACAUGUCGACGGACUGCGAGAACCUGCUGAAGAAGCUGCUGGUUUUAAACCCGGGGAAACGAGGCAGCCUGCAGCAAGUCAUGAAGGAUCGAUGGAUGAACGUGGGCUACGAGGAAAAGGAGCUGAAGUCGUACAUCGAACCAGAACAAGACUUCAACGACCUCAAACGCAUCGAGCUGAUGGGGACGAUGGGUUUCCCUCAGGACGAAGUGAAGAAGGCGCUGGAAGGUCAGAAAUACAACGAGGUGACGGCGGUUUACCUGCUGCUGGGGAGGAAACCUGCUGAGUUUGAAGGCAGCGAGUCUCUGUCCAGCACAAACCUGGGUCAAAGGUCACGACCCAGCAGUGAACUCAACGGCGCCAGCCAAUCCCCCGCCCACUCUCGCAACGUUACGACCAAUCAGAAGCAGCGGCGUUUCAGUGACCACGUGGCGCCCUCUAUCCCCCCGCCUGUUUCCUACACCAAGCGUUGCCAUGCCAACAGUGUGGAGAGUGACAGGAAGGAGGAUCCGGCGUCGCCUGUGGGAGUUCCAGACCGCAGGAGGUCAGCCACAGCCUCAGGGAGCAUAACUCGCAGGAACACGUACGUUAACGACAGGACGAGCACUGACCGCCACUUGGCGGCCGUUCACAACGGGAAGGACAACAGUCUACCUGAGGUACCUGCAGCUUCUCCCUCACCAUCGCCAGGGGCAACCGUGUCCUCCACACGGCCUCGCCAUGUGAAGUCCAUGUCAGCGUCGGGACAUCCCAUGAAGUCCUGCCUGCCCCCCAUCGAUGAUAAUGCUGAAUAUCAGAGCUCGCCCCAGCAGCAGCCGCCAUCAUCUCCGUCAGCCUUCAGCAUCACCAGCAGCAGCACCACGCCAGACCGGACCCGCUUCCCCCGCGGCUCCUCCAGUCGCUCCACCUUCCACGGCGCCCAGCUCAGAGACCGACGACCCGCCACCUACAACGGCCCGCCCGCCUCGCCCAGCCUGUCCCAGCACACCGCCUCGCCCCGCCGCGGAACCUCCGGCUCCCUCAUCGGAAAGAUCACCUCCAAGUUUGUUCGCAGGAGUUUCUCAGGUGAGCCCAAAGAGGAGGGGCGGGAGUCCAAGCCUCGCUCGCUGCGCUUCACCUGGAGCAUGAAGACCACGUCGUCUAUGGAGCCGGGCGACAUGAUGAAGGAGAUCCGGAGGGUCCUGGACGCCAACAACUGCGAUUACGAGCAGCGGGAGCGCUAUUUGCUCUUCUGCGUGCACGGCGACGCCCGGCAGGACAGCCUGGUCCAAUGGGAGAUGGAAGUGUGCAAGCUGCCCCGCCUCUCGCUCAAUGGCGUGCGGUUCAAGAGGAUCUCUGGCACGUCGAUCGCCUUCAAAAACAUCGCCUCCAAAGUGGCCAACGAGCUCCGGCUGUGAACUUCGUCUCUUACCCGAACACUGAGAGGAGAACACGUUUCCUCCUCUUCUUCACGCUGACUCCUCGCUAACUGCUGUAUGACUCAGCAAAAACACACCUUAAUAUAGUCGACUCACUCACUACGUAACGUUAGCACUACGUGUUUGAAACCAAAUAUAGGAAGAAAGGACAUCAGCAGGCUCCUCCCUCAGUUACAGAAGAAACGAGCGCCACUGAAAAGACGCUAAUGCUGUUAGCCGCUGUUUAAAUGCACUUCAGAUGUGUCCGGCACAGAAUUUUUAAAAACGCAGUCAAAGGAAACCUCAUCAGGUUAAAGCUGAUAACUCAGCCUUUCUGAAUAUUUUUAGGCGAAACCUGAAGAAUCUUGAUCAGAAAUGUUUGGGCAUGACGAAGUUUGAUGAUGAAAACAUGAAGACGAACCAAACUGCAUGCAAUCUGGACUUUUAGACGUAUAUCCUUACAAUGCAUGCUACCGCAUCAUCCAAGUCUUCGUCUUAACGUGAUGCUAAUCGGAUUUCUGGAGUGCAAGUAAACAGACAUCCAAGCAUUACCUCAGAUUUAACCGUGAAACGGCAGAAUGUCUGCAAGAGCUUCAAUCAGGCCCAAAGAUCCCCAAAUCCACCCUGACCCGACCCCGAUAGAUUCAAGAUUCAAGUCUGCACAGAAACGCUGCAGUUUCUUAAAAUCUUCACUCUGGAAGGAGUUUUCCAAAAGGAGAGUUUUCACCAUCCUCAAAUGCAGUUUUUGUGUACAAAAAGCCGGAAAAAAGCUUAAAGACCCGUCUAUGAGUGUUUUUAAAAUGAUGCAAUCAUCGUAAACUUAACAGCAAAGCUUCUCGAUUUGAUAAUUCAUGUUUGAUACCAUCCACACUCUCUAGAGCCCAGUUCACACCAAAGAUUGGUUGAUGAGAGGAGUUGAAACUGCCUAUGACAGCAAUUUCAAGUCGGUUCUAUAGCAGAGGUGGUGGAACGCCAGCUUACACUCAGACUGAAUCGCUUACGAUGCACGACCAUUGUGCACAACUUAUGUAAUCACACUUUACGUUUCGAUGUCCGUGCACGACCCGAGGUCAUGCUGUACGAGUGAAAUCAGGACUAACAAAUGACAAAUCUCCUUUGAACAGUCUCAGACUGGUUGAAGUCGGAUCUGUUGUCUCAUUUUGAUGCUUAAGACAGCAACAAAAUCUCUCUCAUCUCUCUGACACAUAAUUAGCAUCUCCAACAGACAAAACUAGCAGUUAAACACUAAUAAAUAUUCAGCUGGAGGUCUGCAGGAAGGCCUUUCUCCUGUGUUAAUUUUGUCGACUAAAACUCUGACCUAAAAUGUUUGUCAACAGCCUUUUUUCCAUGAAAAAAACUAGACUAACAAAAAUAGAUCUGUGGUGACUAAAACUAGACCAAGUUUUUGUCUAGCAUGUUAGUUUUCACCUAACAUUAAAAAUCCAUAUUUCUCCACUGUGGGUAAAUCUGUCAAAAACAAUACAUCUGUAUCUGUUCUUCCUCUCAGCUGUAGAAAGCAGGGACCCCAGGUUUG